AUGGUAGGCCCUUCACCGAGCCGUGAGGCAGCUCCGAGGUCCGGGGACUGGGUGGAGGUGGUGAAGAUGACUGCUAAAGGGGCCACGAAGGAUCGCGGGAUGGCUUUGGUGCUGAGUGGGUUAGCAGCGGCUGUCUCCGUUCUCUUCCUCGCCGGAGGAGCCCUCCUGGCACGCAGCGGGUUGGACGCCUACGUCCCAACAUGGCGCCGCCCAGGGGAGAGCCUCCCGCUCCGUGCGCAGGGACUGUCGCCGUACGACACCGCUGAGUGCGAGGGCCGCAGCCUGCUCAAGACCUUUGUGGCAGCUUCGGCACACAGGGGGGAAUCCGUCCACGUUUUCGGCUUUGAAAUCCCCGAGGAAGAGUUCCGGGCCGGCUUUGACCCUGACGUGACCGUGCGGUUGCUCUAUCAGGAUGGCUUCACAGACCCCCUGCGCUGGACCGGGGAGGCCGGGGGCUUCGGGGCGGAGGAGUUCACAGCGCUGGGGGUGGCGGGGCGCCUGGCCCGGGGACCCGCGGGACCUACCACCGUCGUCCUGGACUCGCUCAGCUGGCUUCUGCUGCGCCAGCCUCUGCCCGCCGUCUGCCAGACGCUGGGACAGAUCCCGAGGGCUGCUACCAGCGCAGGCCUGCGGGUGACAAGGAUCCUGGCCUUGCUGCACGAAGACCUGCACCCCCCAGGUCUGGUGGAGACCCUCCGCUCCCUGGCCCGAGCCGUGGUGGGGGUGGGGCCAGCCCCCGAGGGGAUGGGGAGUGGGGGGGACGCCCCCCAUCUGGCCUCCAUGCUGCAGCGUAAGGGGACCGGAAAGGUCCUUAAAAAGGAGGAAUAUUUCACGGUCCUGGCCGGCUUCACCCCAAAAGUCCUUGGGGAGCCCACGGGGAGCGUGUCCCGAGAUGAGGACGCUGACCCCCACUCCACGGUGGACCCCGCCGCCAACCUAACCUUCAACCUGCGGCUGUCGGACACGGAGCGCCGGGCCCGGGACGGGAUGUCACUGCCCUUCCACUUCAGCGCCCAAAAGUGAGUGGGGUGCAUGCCCCCCGCCUCCCCUUGGCAC